UCCACCUUUUCCUUCUUAUAUCCUCUCUGACAGUCGCUGCGACUGGACUGUCCCUCUUUCUUCUUCUUCUUCUCCUCCCUGCCAUUAAUUCCAGUACCAACCAAAUCUAUCUCCGAACUUUGCUUAAACCUUAAAUCCUAUGCCUAUGGCCUCCUCCGAGGCCAAGUUCUUGUUCGUAGCUUUAACUGUUCUUCUACCAUGUCUAUCUGUAACCGCCAAACAGACCUACAUAGUUCAAAUGAAGCACCACUCAAAACCCUCCUCGUUUGCAACCCACACUGAUUGGUACUCCGCCCACCUCCAAGCUCUGUCCCCUGACUCUGACUCUGACUCCGAUUCCGGUUCUGGCUCCCUCCUCUACACAUACGACGCCGCCUACCACGGCUUCGCUGCUUCUUUAGAUCCCGACCAGGCCGAGACGCUGCGGCAGUCGGAUUCUGUAGUGGGUGUAUACGAGGAUACUAUAUACAACCUCCACACCACUAGAACGCCCGAGUUUUUGGGUCUGGAAACCGCUAAUGGAUUCUGGGCCGGACACUUGCUCCACGACCUGAGCACUGCCUCCAAUGACGUCAUUGUCGGGGUUCUGGACACCGGAGUCUGGCCGGAGAGUAGGAGCUUCAACGAUGUGGGCAUGCCAGAGAUCCCGUCUAGGUGGCGCGGACAGUGUGAGUCCGGCAUCGAUUUCAGCCCUUCCCUCUGUAACAAGAAGCUGAUCGGAGCCCGGAGCUUCUCCAAAGGCUACCGCAUGGCCUCCGGCGGUAGUUACAUGAAGAAACCCAAAGAGGCAGAGUCACCGAGAGACCAGGACGGGCAUGGGACCCACACUUCCAGCACCGCCGCGGGUUCGCUGGUGGCGAAUGCUAGUUUGCUGGGCUACGCGAGCGGCACGGCGCGUGGGAUGGCGCCUCACGCGCGGGUGGCGACCUACAAGGUGUGCUGGACCACGGGCUGCUUCGGGUCUGAUAUCCUCGCGGGUAUGGAUCGGGCCAUCCUCGACGGAGUCGAUGUGAUGUCGCUGUCUCUGGGCGGUGGGUCCGCCCCUUAUUUUAGGGACACAAUUGCAAUUGGAGGUUUCACGGCCAUGGAGAGGGGCAUUUUCGUCUCCUGCUCUGCCGGAAAUAGCGGGCCGAGUAGGGCCUCAUUGGCCAACACAGCUCCGUGGAUCAUGACGGUUGGAGCCGGGACCUUGGACCGGGACUUCCCGGCUUACGCUUUGCUCGGGAACCAAAACCGGUUCACCGGAGUGUCACUAUACAGUGGGGCCGGAAUGGGAUCGAGGCCAGUUGGGUUGGUUUACAACAAUGGAAGUAACACUUCCAGCAAUCUGUGCUUGCCCGGUUCGCUCCAACCGGAAACCGUACGGGGGAAAGUGGUGGUGUGCGACAGGGGAGUUAACGCACGUGUGGAGAAGGGUGGAGUUGUACGCGCCGCCGGUGGGGUUGGGAUGAUACUAGCCAACACCGCCGCCAGCGGCGAGGAAAUGGUGGCGGACAGUCACUUGUUGCCGGCGGUUGCGGUCGGGAGGAAAGUCGGUGACAUGAUAAGGGAGUAUGCGCAGUCAGAUCCGAACCCUACGGCGGUGAUUAGCUUUGGUGGUACGGUGCUGAAUGUAAGGCCGUCGCCGGUGGUGGCGGCAUUUAGCUCUCGUGGGCCUAACUUGGUGACUCCGCAGAUCUUGAAGCCCGAUGUGAUUGGUCCAGGAGUUAACAUCUUGGCUGCAUGGUCAGAGGCUAUUGGGCCCACUGGGCUUGAGGAGGACACUAGGAAGAGUCAGUUCAACAUCAUGUCAGGUACAUCUAUGUCAUGCCCACACAUUAGUGGACUUGCAGCAUUGCUCAAAGCUGCUCAUCCCAAUUGGAGCCCAAGUGCAAUUAAAUCCGCACUCAUGACUACAGCCUAUACACAUGACAACACCAAGGCUCCUCUCAGUGACGCUGCCGGAGGCCAAUUUUCAAAUCCGUGGGCACACGGUUCCGGCCAUGUUGACCCCUCAAAAGCCGUCUCGCCAGGUCUUGUAUACGACAUUUCGAGUGAUGACUAUGUUUCAUUUUUGUGCUCGUUGGGCUACACCAUCCAACAGGUUCAAGCCGUUGCAAAGAGAAACGUUACAUGCGCAAGAAAGUACUCUGAUCCUGGACAACUCAACUACCCGUCAUUCUCAGUUGUGUUUGGGAACAAGAGGAUUGUGAGAUACACUCGAGAGUUGACAAAUGUAGGGACUGCACGUUCUUUAUACAAGGUUAUUGUGAGCGGACCACCCGGAGUGAAGACUAUUGUGAAGCCCUCAAGCCUUUUCUUUGCAACUGUUGGGGAGAAGAAGAAGUACACGGUCACCUUUGUGUCUGCCAAGAGCGGCAGUAGAUCAUCGAGGUCAGAAUUUGGUUCAAUUGUGUGGGCAAACACCCUACACGUGGUUAAGAGCCCAGUUGCUUUUGCAUGGACGCUGUUGUGAAGUUAAGAUGUUCUUGUUCUUGUGUUUUUCUCGAGCAUGUUUGGCCAACAGAAAUAACAGAAAUUUGGUGAGUAUCAAAGGAAGUUGAGAGAGUUUCUGUUCUUAUGGCAUUGCCCAAGGUGGAGCUAUUCACAGGGUUAGGAAGAGCUUGUCUUGAAAGAACUGCAAUGCCUUGGGCCAGAAAACUAAUGUAAUAGAAUGUCGCAGCUGUGUUAAUUGCAUAGUGGAGAUUACUUACAUAUAAUAUA